GUCGUGGUGCAAGCCCGAGGGCGGACACUGGCACCACAACCCGCCAUGUGAACCGUGGCGAUCAGUGGCGACCUGGAUCCAGCUGAGGCAACAGUUGGUUCAUCGCUCGCGCCUCUGCUGUGCGUCGUGUGCCACCACUGAGCAUCGAGAUGAUUUGCUCUCCGGCGAAGGCGAUCUGGCUCUUGCUUGGACUGGUUUGGACGCACACACACGCACUUUCCCUUUGUGAUCGUCGGUUGAUUCAGUGUGCCACAGAAUGGCGGUGUAUCUCGCGUAAUGCGCUCUGUGAUGGUGUAAGUGACUGCGGAGACAGCUCUGAUGAAAGCAUUUGUUAUAACAACCAUCUAAAAACAUAUACUACUAUCACAACGACCACUACUGGAACUACCAGUACUACAACGACCACUACUACGACGCCCGCCCCCACCCCUCCCCCACCCAACAACGUGGAGGAGAGCGAGGCGCUGGGUCAGAAGUUCGCUCGGACCUUCAACGACACACUCCACCACCCAAGAUGCCCCAAGCUCUACACCAGCGUCGGGAACAAGUGCCUCUCUCUCCUCUACUUCGUCAAGGUCGGCUGGGGGGAGGCGAGGGCCCUGUGCUCGGCCGUCGGCGGGGAGCUGGUUCGCUAUCCUUCUGCCUCCGACGGGGAGUUCGCUGCUCUCCUGAAGUACCUGCGGGAGAUUCAGAUGACGACGGACUUCUGGGUGGGAGGCCGGUACACGAAGGACACCGAGGCGUGGGCGUGGCUGGACGACGCCCCGAUGGACCUCGGCUCGCCCUACUGGGCCAUAAUGGACAAAGUGUUUGGUGAUGAUGGUUGUGAUAAGGGUGGUGGUAGUGUAGUGGUAGUGGUAGUGACGGGCGGUAGAAGCCUCAGUAUCCCCGUGCAGUGCCACAGUGCCAACUCCAGCUUAGGUCUUGACAUAAUCUGCGCUGCGUCAUGGCACGGCAUGUCUCUGCGAUGCUCAGGUCUGCUCAACACUCACCAAGCAACCUACAAUUCUACAAGACUGAAAAUGCUUCCCCUCACUUUCCCAGAGCACCGACUUCCAUCAUCUGCAAGAGGGCGAGGUGAACCAAUCGAUGAGAAAGGUAUGCUAGACAAAGUGUCGCCCUGGCUGGGUAAACUACCAGCUGCAUUACCACGGCUUGGCUCCUGGUUCCUCAUGGGCGUGGGUGGUAGUUCUGGCGAUUAA